UUCCGGUCGGCUCCCGCCCCAUUCCGCCAUCAUGAAGUCCUGAACAAAAAGCGAAUGAGACCGAAAAACAGGAAUGGGCUUGUCGGUAACAGAAUGAGGUGAAUUAACGAAUGACAGCGACGGAAUGUCAAAACCUGAAGACAAUACGACCGGAAGAGGCGCUGGCCAUGCCGUCAAGUGUGCGGGCUGGGAAUCUAAAGGACCCAGAAGUGGCUGAACUUUUUUACAAGGAGGAUCCGGAGAAACUCUUCACAGACCUACGAGAGAUUGGCCAUGGCAGCUUUGGAGCCGUCUACUUUGCCCAUGACAUCCGCACCAAUGAGGUGGUGGCCAUUAAGAAGAUGUCUUACAGUGGCAAGCAGUCUAAUGAGAAAUGGCAGGAUAUUAUCAAAGAGGUAAAGUUCCUUCAAAAGCUGCGGCACCCCAACACUGUGGAGUAUAGAGGCUGCUACCUGCGAGAACACACAGCAUGGCUGGUGAUGGAAUACUGUUUGGGUUCGGCCUCAGAUCUGUUGGAAGUGCACAAGAAACCAUUGCAGGAAGUGGAGAUAGCAGCAAUUACCCAUGGUGCAUUGCAGGGCUUGGUAUACCUUCACUCACACAACAUGAUUCACAGGGAUGUGAAAGCAGGUAACAUUUUGUUGACAGAGCCUGGUCAGGUCAAACUAGGAGACUUUGGCUCUGCCUCCAUUGUUGCUCCAGCCAACUCAUUUGUGGGCACUCCUUACUGGAUGGCUCCAGAGGUAAUCCUCGCCAUGGAUGAAGGCCAAUAUGAUGGAAAGGUUGAUGUGUGGUCACUUGGCAUCACCUGCAUAGAGCUUGCGGAAAGAAAACCGCCUUUAUUUAACAUGAAUGCUAUGAGUGCCUUAUACCACAUAGCCCAGAAUGAGAGCCCAGUCCUGCAGUCCAAUCACUGGUCUGAUUAUUUCCGUAACUUCGUAGACUCUUGUCUGCAGAAGAUUGCCCAGGACAGACCUACCUCUGAUGUGUUGCUUAAACAUCACUUCCUAUGUCGCGAGCGUCCAGUAACUGUGGUAAUGGAUCUGAUAGCACGUACUAAAGAUGCCGUAAGGGAGUUAGAUAAUCUGCAAUACCGAAAGAUGAAAAAGAUCCUUUUCCAGGAAACGCACAAUGGGCCCGUUACUGAGGGUACAGAGGAAGAAGAGGAUGUAGAGCAGUACAUGUUGCGGACGGGAACUGUUAAUAGCAUGGAAAGCUCGCAUUCGCUGCCAUCCAUGUCAAUUAGUGCCAGUUCCCAGAGUUCAUCAGUAAACAGCCUGGCCGAUGGUUCAGAUGACAGUGGUGAAAUGGCUAUGAUGCAGGAGGGCGAACAUACAGUGACCUCCAACAGCUCUGUGCUGCACAAACCUCUGAACCAUGACAACAUUUACGAUGACCCCUACCAGCCAGAGAUAGACUCUCAGCAGCAGGGCCCCUCUGGGGGUCGUAGACGAAGGGGACGGGACCACUUUGCCACCAUCCGCACAGCUUCUCUGGUGACUCGUCAGAUUCAGGAGCACGAGCAGGGUUCAGCACUCAGAGAACAGAUGUCCGGGUACAAACGCAUGAGGAGGCAACAUCAAAAACAGCUGAUGGCUUUGGAGAACAAACUGAAGGCAGAGAUGGAUGAACAUCAGCUCAGGCUCGACAAGGAGCUGGAGACACAAAGGAACAACUUUAGCAGUGAGGCAGAAAAGCUUAACAAAAAGCAUCAAGCCAUCCUGGAGAAAGAGACUAAGGCUACUCUUGGAGAUGAGAAGAAGUUUCAGCAGCACAUCUUGGGCCAGCAGAAAAAGGAGUUGACCAGUUUAAAUGAGGUCCAGAAACGGCAGUAUAGACAGCGAAAGGAACAGCUCAAAGAGGAACUCAAUGAGAAUCAGUCCACACCAAAGCGAGAGAAACAAGAGUGGCUGGUUCAGCAGAAGGAGUGUCUCCAGCAGCUCCAAGCAGAAGAAGAGGCAGGGUUGCUACGACGACAGAGGCAAUACUACGAGCUGCAGAGUCGUCAGUAUAAGAGGAAGAUGCUGCUAGCCCGCCACAACUUGGAGCAGGACCUUCUCAGAGAGGACCUGAACAAGAAACAAACUUUGAAGGACCUGGAAUGUGCCAUGUUGCUCCGACACCACGAGUCCACCCAAGAGCUGGAGUUUCGGCAGCUGGGCCUGGUGCAGCACACACGAGCCGAAUUGAUCAGGACGCAGCAUCAGACCGAGCUUACCAACCAGAUGGAGUACAACAAGCGUCGUGAACAAGAGCUGCGACAGAAGCAUGCCGUGGAAGUUCGCCAGCAGCCCAAGAGCCUGAGAUCUAAAGAGCUGCAGAUUAAGCGUCAGUUCCAGGACACGUGUAAAAUCCAAACCCGUCAGUAUAAAGCACUAAGAAACCACCUGCUGGAAAACACCCCGAAAUCUGACCACAAAGCCCUGCUGAAGCGUCUCAAAGAUGAACAGACCCGUAAGCUGGCAAUUCUGGCCGAGCAGUAUGACCACUCCAUCAACGACAUGCUAUCCACACAGGCUCUACGAUUGGACGAGACACAAGAAGCUGAGUAUCAGGUGUUGAAGAUGCAGCUGCAGCAAGAGUUAGAGCUGCUCAAUGCAUAUCAGAGCAAAAUCAAGAUGCAUACUGACACUCAGCACGAGAGAGAGGUUAAAGACCUGGAGCAAAGAGUUUCCAUACGUAGAGCACUGCUGGAACAGAGGAUUGAGGAGGAGAUGCUGGCCCUGCAAAAUGAGCGUACUGAGCGCAUCCGAUCCCUUCUGGAGCGCCAAGCAUCUGAGAUUGAGGCGUUCGACUCUGAGAGUCUUCGUCUCGGCUUCAGCAGCCUGGCUCUGACAGGCAUUCCCUCUGAGGCUCACCCCAAGCAGGGAUACCCUUCCGCACAGACCCCCCGUCCUUCAAGCCACUGGAGUCAUGGAGGGGCACCACAUCCCCACUCCCGCAGGAUUCCCAGCAGGGCAGAAUCCUCAUCCUCUUCUUCCCAUGCCCUUAACCUACCACAAGACCACCACUCUUCCCGCUCCUCAUCCUCUUCCUCCUCUUCUUCCUCCUCCUCGCAUCACAACCGCCAUCACCUUCCCCAACACUACCACCACCAGAGCACACCCCAGCUGUACAGGGAGAGAGAGAGGGAUAGAGAGAGGGAGCGGGAGAAAGAGAAGGAGUGGGGUGGAGGGAGCAGGGGGGAUCUGGCACACCCCCACGUCUUCUCCCACCACCUUCCCUCCCGCUCCUCCUCCCAGUCCCUCGCUCUCCUCCCUCCUCCUCCUCCUGCUCCUCCCUCCAUAUCUCUCUCCUCCGCUCAGUCCUCUACUCAAGGAGUGUACGGAGGAGGAGGAGGAGGGCUGGUAGUGAGGGGUCCUAGCCUAAUGGCGUUGAGGAACAGCCCUCAGCCCCUGCGCAGAACAGCAUCUGGAGGCCCGGGGGGAACCGGCAGCGGAGACGGAGUUCUGAGCCGCAGUACCUCGGUCACCUCGCACAUCUCCAAUGGAUCCCACCUCUCUUACUCUUAAACAAAGAAUAGUUGGGCUUGAUUUGGAGAGUUUAAUGCCAGUUGAAAUGAAAACAAGAGAGAGCACAUUUUACUUGCCGUAUUGCUUUUUCCUGCUGUUGGUUGUUGUAGUUGUUUCUUUUUUAAUAAUUUUUUUUGUAAGUGUAAUAAUAUAUUGGUUAUACGGAAACAUCACCACUGCCUUUAAGAAGUCUUAAAGGGAUGCUGUGCUAUAUCGAUAUCUUUUGUGUGACAGAGAAUUCUUGCGAAUGUGCACACACGAACACAGAAUGUUUGUAAAGAUUACUUUCACACACACUUGUUACAGUGUGUCGAAAGUUUCUCUUUCAGUCAGACUUUAUGAAUACAUUUAUGUCUAUGAAGUUGCUUUAAUGCAUGAGAUUAAUGUAGUAAAUACAUUUGUAUUUAUAUGUCAUUCAGUCACAUUUAAAAUGUAAAGAUACCUUUCCAAAAUCAUAGACGUUCACGCUCCCACUAAUUGGAUCUUUUAUGGUGUAUUUAUAGUAUCUAAAGUGUUAAAGCAAUGUGUCCACAGUUUUUUUAAAGUCAUAAUAAUUAUCAACAUUUUGAUAAAAUAAUAUGUGAAGAUAACAUUUAAUUGCUAGAGAAAAGCAAAAGAACGGUAUUGAAUCUCAGUUGUUAUUACAGCGUAAUAACUCGUGGUAUCAUACUCAGUGUUCAAUGGUAUCAUGAUGACACUUUUAUAAUUUCUCAAAAACAUUUGUUCAGGCCAUUUGGUUGAAAAAGACAAGAAAAAAAUUCAAAUGCAAAAAAUUGCUUUGUUUGGUUCAGUGUGUGUUAUGAUUAUUAAUUAUUAUUAUUAAUGGAUGAAUAUUAAUAAUUGUUAACAAGCAGUUUGUAUGAGUUGGCUGAAUGGUUUACGGUCUGGUGAUGUUGUCACUUUUGUACAAGAUUUAAAGGAAGAUCUUGCUUACUCAGGAGGGUAAGCACCUAAAACCCUAAACAAUAAAGAAAAAACACACAGACUUUAUUUAUUAUAAUGGAUUGCAAUGACUAAACUUUUGGGAGGAUAAAUCGUCGUUGUGUAUUAGUUUGAUUGGCAAGAGGUACAGUGCAUAGGAUUACACUUCACAGAGACCAGCACUAACAGUAAGUCGUAUGAAGAUGUGGGGGCUACUGUGGUUGUGAUUCUGUCCAGAUCCAACAACAGAAGCAUAUAUCUCUGUCAUAGAGAGUCCUCUGUUCAUUUGGGGAAUUGCAUUCUCAUAGGACAUGUGGGAUUCUUUAAAGUGCAUUUGAAAACAAAGUGAUCAUUGGACAGAUUCUCAGCUGAGAAGGAACAUCCCUUGUGCACCAUGCAUCAAGGUGGUUUUCACAGACAUAUCGGAGAUAUCCAGGAAGAAGAAGAAAAGAAAACUUUGAUGAACUCAGAAUCAAGAAACGCCAGCUCUGAUAUCUCUCUGUUUAACCUACUACGUUAUGCUUGGUUUAAAGUAAAACUGUGCAUGCAGAACUUAUGAUGUAUUGAGGAUGUUGGAUGUAGUGUUAGGAGGGCCAAUGAGAUUGUACCAUUUAAUGGAUUAACUUGUUUGUUAGAUAAGGUGUGAUAUGACUUAAUGAUCUUAGGACAGUGUUGCGAAUCCCAUUCUGAUGUGGAAUGUUUUAAGGAAUAUCAACGGAGCAAGUCCAAGGUGAAGGUUGAACUUGUUUGGAUCCAUGUGCAGUGGUAAAUGAGGCUCUCCUAGUUUGUCUGGUUUUUUGAUAGAUGGAGUCUAUCUGUCUACCAUCCUGUGUAUGUAUGUGCUGACUGUCAAACAGAUUGUUAGGUCAAAAGUAGAGGUUUUGCUGGAAGGACAUUUUCAGUAAACCUUGAAACGUAUUAAUUAUUGAAAUCAAGCAGUUUCUGACUUGAAGGGGAAAGACAAGUUGAAGAAAAAAUCAAAUAAAACGUGAAG